CUGCUGAUUGAAAGGUUUCUUAAAGUCGCGGAAGAGGACAACGAGAAGCUGCUGAGUCGGAUCCGGCACAGGACCGAUGUCGUCGGGAUUAAGAUUCCGACGGUGGAGAUUCGGUUUGAGAGCCUUUCUGUUGAAGGCAAUGCGUACGUCGGAACCAGAGCUCUCCCCACUCUGCCCAAUUUCGUGGUGAACUCUAUUCAGGUGUCAGGAAGAGUGACAUAUUGCGGGCAUGAGUUCCAGGAGUUCGUGCCUCAGAGAACUUGUGCUUAUAUCAGCCAGCAGGAAUGUCACUUUGGAGAAAUGACCAUCAGGAAGACGCUGGAAUUCUCUGGUCGUUGUUUGGGAGUUGGGACCAAGUAUGACUUGUUGGCUGAGUUGUUCAGAAGAGAGAAAGAAGCAGGAAUCAAGCCGGAUCUAGAAGUUGAUGCAUUCAUGAAAGCUACAUCCAUGUCUGGACAGGAUAACCACAUCGUUGUAGAUUAUGUCCUCAAGCCUGCACCCGAGACUUAUGAACUCUUUGAUGACAUCAUCCUCAUCUCUGAGAACCAUAUUGUUUACCAAGGUCCUAGGUACAAUGUUCUCGACUUCUUCGAAUAUGUUGGUUUCAAGUGUCCUGAAAGGAAAGGAGUCGCAGACUUCUUACAAGAGGGAAUAAAGUUAGACGAGGAGCUUGGAGUGCCUUACGACAGAUCUAGUGUUCAUCAUGAUGCAUUGGUGAAAGAGAGAUACAUAAUCUCCAACAAGGAACUCCUGAAGGCGUGUUUUCUGAGAGAGCUAUUAUUGAUAAAGAGAAAUGCUUUUCUUUAUAUCUUCAAGACCAUGCAACUCACCAUCAUGUCAAUAAUUUGCAUGACAGUAUUCUUCAGGACUGAGAUGAAUGUUGGUCACUUGGAAGACGGGAACAAGUUCUAUGGUGCUCUGUUUUGUAGCCUCCUUAACAUUAUGUUUAAUGGAGUCUCUGAAUUGAUGCUGACCACACAAAGACUUCCUAUGUUUUACAAGGAGAGAGAUUCUUUGCUUUAUCUGACAUGGGCAUUUGCCUUGCCUAUAUGGGUUCUCCGAAUUCCCAUCUCAUUUGGUGAGUCAUUCAUUUGGAUUUCCUUGACUUAUUACACUGUUGGGUUUGCUCCAUCAUCUGACAGGUUUUUCAAGCAGUUUCUUGCGUUCGUUUGUAUAAAUCAGAUGGCUCAAGGUUUGUUCCAGUUCACCGCGGUAGUAGCUAGAUCAAUUGUGGUAGCGCCAGUCAUUGAAGUAAUGGAGUUAUUUGAGCUAGUGAGCUUGAGGAACUUGAUAGUAGGCCUUCCAGGAGUGAAUGGUUUGUCAACUGAGCAACGAAAGAGACUCACCGUAGCUGUUGAGCUAGUUGCGAAUCCCUCUAUAAUAUUCAUGGACGAGCUAACAUCCGGCCUUGAUGCUCGAGUUGCUGCAAUCGUCAUGCGAACUGUCAGAAACACAGUGGAUACGGGAAGAACUAUUCUACUGCUGAUGAAAAGAGGAGGGAGGGUAAUAUAUGCAGGCACCCUUGGAUGCCAUUCUCACAAGCUUGUAGAAUAUUUUGAGGAUGUCCCGGGGGUUCCCAAGAUCCAAGAAGGUACAAAUCCUGCUGCAUGGAUGCUUGACAUUAGCUCCGACGCUGUAGAAUCUCAAUUGGAUUUGGACUUUGCUGAAAUUUAUUCUCAUUCUGAACUAUACAAGGAAACGCAACAAGAUGUGUUCAACUUGUUUGGAGCUACUUAUUCUAUCAUAAUGUUCCUCGGAAUAAGUACAUGUUCUACUGUGAUGCCUGUUGUUUCCAUCGAAAGAACAAUCUUGUACCGGGAAAGAGCUGCAGGGGUGUACUUGGAAAUGGCUUUUUCAAUUGCCCAGGUCUCCAUUGAAGCGGUUUAUGGGGCAAUCCAAACUUUCGUAUAUUGUGUGAUAUUAUUCCUCGUGAUUGGCUACCCAUGGCAUCUGGUAAACUUCUUGUGGUACUAUUUCUUCAUAUGCAUGAGUUUACUCUACUUCAGUCUCUAUGGGAUGAUGCUUUUCUCCCUCACUCCAUGCUACCAAAUAGCUGCCAUUGCGAUGUCAUUCUUCCUCACCACAUGGAAUAUCUUCUCCGGCUUCCUUAUUCCGAGAACAGAAAUCUCAAUAUGGUGGAGAUGGUACUACUGGGCAUCCUCAGUGGCAUGGACAAUCUAUGGAUUGUUCGCUUCUCAUCUAGGAAAUGUAGAGAGUCUCGUGGAAGUAGCAGGGUUAGGCAGCAUGCCAGUGAAGCAGUUCUUGAAAAAAUCGUUUGGGUUUGAUUAUGACUUCCUUGCAGUUGUUGCAGCUGCUCAUAUUGGAUUUGUGCUCCUCUUCUUGUUUGUCUUUACGUAUGGGAUCAAGUUUCUAAAUUUUCAGAGGCGAUAUACGGGAGAUGGAUAG